ACCUUUGUCAAAAACAGCUUGUUUUUGUGCUCAGGCAAAAAGAGGGAAACUGAGUGUAGCUGGAGGGUCUUUCCAUUCUUGUUUGUUGUUUUCAAAGUUUGACAAACUUUUUUUCCCUGAAGAAAAUCUCAGAGAAACAAACAUGAGUCACGUCGACGUGAAAAACCUGAAACCCACCAACUUUGAAGACGAGUACUAUGACAAAUAUGAAUUUUAUAACUUGACGGAUAAAUACACAGAGGGCUCGGCCCGUAAAGGCAGGACAAAGAAGGAGGCCAGUGAAAACACCAACAGACACAACCCCGCCGGACACGAGCGCAAGAUUGUGGAGAAACUCCAAAACUCGGAGAAGAAAGCCAAGGAGUGAAUACUGAGGGCGACUCGGACGGCUCAUCCCGGAUACCGACCACAGCCUCUUUGGCGACAGAACGAGAUGUACAGACGGCAGGGGCGUCCUGAAGCUCCGAUGGGCGAAGGUUUAACCUGGGCGUGAAGAGGAGCCUGCAGAUCCAGAAGUUCCAGUGAGGAGAUCUUCAUCAUGGCAGCAGACUGCAGCUCCGCCGCCCGAUGGUUGUUGUUAAGCACUCACCUGUGGCGGGGUGCACCCAGGGUCCCAGUCCAGACCAUGACGGUGCACAUGUGACUGUGGUGGUGGUGAAAGUUGGGUGAUUUCUGUGUGUUGACAAGUUUUAAGUGGGCUUUUUUUAAUUAAAAAAAAAAGUAUUUUACCUAUUAAAACAUUUUGUUUUUCAAAA